AUGAGGGUUGCGACGACAUCGUCCAACCUCAAGGGCACGUUUAUCAAAGCCCUGAAGGAGACGGUGUGUUUUAUAAACGCCGCGUGGAGGAUCGAAGCCCCGCGAAGGAUGACAUCAGCGGGCAGCAGCGCGGAGUCGAGGCUCACGGAGUCGAGAAUGUACGCGCUACAGGAGGAGAACGCGGCUCUCCGCAGGGAGCUGUCGAGGAAGGCGAUGUCGGCUUUCGAAUGCCCGCGGUGCGGCGGCUCCGAGGCUGACCGUGCCCCCUGCGAGGCCGCGAGCCAGAGCGCGCGUCUAGACGCUUUGGAGCGAAAGGUGGACGAUCUCGUACCCAACAUUAUACGAAUGAUGGAGACAAGUUUCGGCAGCCUGUUGUCGCAACAACAACAACAACAUCAACAACAGCAACAGCGACAGCGACAGAGCGCGGUGGAAGCAGGACGGAACGCGGAUCAUUCCGCCACGCGCCGCCCGGCGCUCGUCAACCCCCCGCCGCCCCUCAGGGAACAAGAGGGUGGCGAGUGGAGGGUAGUGGAGAGCAGGAGAAGCAGAAGCGGGCGAAGAAGGAGGAUCGCCGAGGAGAGGCUGGAGCCCGCCGAAGGAGAAGGCGAGGCGAGGAACCGGGCGCCCGUACCGGCACCUAGGAGGAGAGGCGCGGCGAGAGCGAGCGCCGCCGCCGCCGCCGCCGCUGCGACGAAUAACAGGAAGGGACCGACGACACCGGCCGCGCUCCCCCGUACACCGCGAACAUCGGCGGUGACCUUGACGCUGACCGAGGGAGCCAACAUGUCGUACGCGGACGUGGUAUCGACGGCGAGGCGGACGAUCCCGCUCGGUGAGAUCGGCUUGCAAUCCGUGAGAAUGAAGAAGGCGGUGACGGGCGCGAUCGUGAUACGCGUCCCGGGUGACAAGGACAGGGAGAAGGCGUCCCUGUUGGCGACGCGCCUGGCCGGGGUGUUGGACCCGAGCAAGGUGAGAGUCGGCGCGCUGACGAUCAAGGGCGAGCUCCGAUUGCUCGACAUCGACAUCUCCAUGGAGAAAGAGGAGCUGCGCGAAACGCUGGCCAAGGCGGCUGGAUGCAGCAGCACGGAGGUGCAGGUCGGCGAGAUCGGCACUUCCAGAGGAGGUCUCGGAUCGGCCUGGAUCAAGUGCCCGGCGGCUGCAGCUCGGAAACUCGCCCAGGCAGGGAAGGUGGCGCUCGGCUGGUCUAUCGCGAAGGUGAUCGCGAUACCGAAGAGGCCGUUGCAGUGCUUCAAGUGCUUGGAACUGGGACACGUGCGGGCAACCUGCACGUCGACGGUGGACCGAGGGCACCUGUGCUACAGGUGCGGCGGAAGCGGACACCGCGCCAGAGGCUGUACCGCCUCGACGCCCAAGUGCCUGCUGUGCGAAUCGCUCGGGGCACCGGCGGGCCACAGGAUGGGCGGGGCGGCAUGCGCACCGCCGAAAGUCAACAACAACAGUAAGAGAAGGCGAGCCGCUCGCCAGCAGGCCGCCGCCGGCAACGAGAAAGCAGCAACGACAACAGCAACAGCAGCAACGACCAUCCGUGAGAACAGGGUCGCCCUAGCGGUAGUGGCCGAACCGUACCGCGUCCCCGACGCCCCCAACUGGAUCGGGGAUCUGGACGGAUCGACGGCGGUAACGUGGACGCCGGCGCUGAGCUCGCCCGGCGCCUUGUUGGAACGCGGCAACGGCUACGUCGCUGUCGAGUGGAACCGGAUAGCAGUGGUGGGCGCUUACAUCUCGCCCAACAGCGGCGUAGCCGCGUUCGAGGACUUUCUGGACAGGGCCGGCGACUGCGUCAGAAGAUGCUUUCCCCGUCAGGUGAUCGUACUCGGGGACUUUAACGCUCACUCGUCGCAAUGGGGCGACGCCAGGACGGACACGCGCGGCAGAGCGCUGACCGACUGGGCCGCGGGUCUGGGCCUUCUACUGGCGAACAAAGGCACGGCGAGCACCUGCGUGGCAUGGAGAGGUUCGUCCGUCGUCGACGUCACCUGGGCUACCGCCGACCUAUACCGGAGGAUUCGCGGCUGGAGAGUGGCCGACAGGAUGGAGACUCUGUCGGACCACCUGUACAUAAUGAUGGAGAUGGAGCUCGAUGGACGACGGGACGCGAACCGUUCCCACCGACCGCCACCGCCACCACCGACACCGAGGUGA